CAGAUUGAAAGUAUAUCUUAACAGAUAAUGGGUACUAGUUGGCAAUAUUAUAAUAAAAUCAAUCAUUACUUAUAAAAGUUGGAUUAAGUUGUGUUACUUGUCAGAAGUUUAACUUUUUUUUGAAUUAUAGUUUAGUAAUUGAAAAGGAGAAUCAUAUAUAUAAUUUACUUUGAAAAUGUUUAAAUUAAUUAAUAAAAAAAAUUGGACUAUAUAAUGCAUUAGAGGUUGGAAAUCCUGAGAGUCGCUUCUCGAAUCUGUUGUGGUUACAUUCUGCCCUAUAUUAACACACAUCUUUAUAAAUAUUAUACUGUCAAGAAAUCUGGCACCAUGUCAAGGGUGGCCUGUGGAAGGCGAUACUUAAAGAAGAUGGCUUAAAGAGAACUGAGAAAAUACUCUACUUGACAUUCAAGCCUAUGCCUCCACUAAAAGUUUAAGAAACCUGGAUCUGCUCCCAAUAAAGCUUCAGGAAGUGGAGUUAACUACUUUUCUCAGCCUAGUGGCAAUAAAGCAAAUUCAAGUUGCAGCAGUAGUAGUGAGGAUGACUCAACUUUUCGUGGUGAUUCUAAUUCCCUGAAAAGGACCUUCAGGAAAAGAGGCUCAUCAAGUGAAGAUAAUCAGCAAGAUGUAUCCUCCUCUCCUGGAGUUUCUCAUACCUCCCGUCAAGAAAGGUUGCUUCCUUCAAUUUAUGAUGAUGAUGCUAGGAGUGGAAGUCCUAGUGGUUCAUAUGAAAACAAAGAUUUUGGUUUUAUGUCCUCCUUCAAGAAAGAUUUUGAUCCAUUAUCUGGUAGAAGCCAUGAAAACAGUCCUGAGCCAUCUGCUUCUUUAACUAAAGCAGAAAGAUCAAAUGUAUUAGAAAGAGAAUAUUCUACGGGUAGACAAAAUAGCAAAGAUCAUUCACCAUCUAACAGUUUUGCAAGUUCUAGGAACUCUAGAAAUGGUAGGUCUAGGAAAUCUCCAUCUAAUUCUAAGGCAUCAAGAUCUGAAAGAAGUAGAAGUAAGAGUCAGGACAAGAAGUACCAACCCAGAUCUAGAACCAGAAGCCAUAGUCGAAGUAAAGAACCAAAUUUGAGAAGUCCUCGAAGGGACAGACGUCGAAGCAGAAGCAGAGAUAGAUUGUCAGAUAAAGACAGAAAAAUUCAUUCUCAAAGUCGUAGGAGCAGGAGUCGUGAUUCUCUGAGAAGGAGCAGGAGUCGUGAUUCUCGAAGAAGAAGCAGAAGUCGAGAUUCUCGUAGACGAAGCAGGAGUCAUGAUUCUCGUAGGAGGAGUAGAAGCCGAGAUUCUCGUAAACGAAGUAGAAGCCAUAGUCGAGAAUUACGUAGGCGUAGCAGAAGUCGCAGUUAUGACAGACGUAGACGACGUAGUUACAGAAGUUCCAGCCGUGACAGAUACCGUAGGAGACGUCAUUCUCGCAGUCGAAGUCGUUCAGGGGACCGUUCCAAAGGUCGCUCAGGUUCCAGUAACAGGAAACCUGGAUCUCUACCUCUCUCAACCUCUGGUGGAGCCAUGACUCCUCAAAUGGCUUUACAGCAGACAAUGGCUGCCAUGAGUGCUAAAGCACAGGCCCUUACAGGAAUUGCUUUGCCGAAAUACUAUAAUCCUGCUGCUGUUAAUCCUCUGAAGUAUGCUGAACAAGUUCAGAAACGUAAACUUCUUUGGCAAAGUAAAGAAAAAGUUGAGGAGCAGCCAAAAAACACAGUAUGGGAUAAACUUACAUUUGCACAAGAUCAAGAUGGCAAAAUGACAGCAAAGUUCAGAAAGCUCAUGGGCAUCAAAUCAGAAGGACCUGCACCUAAAGAACCAGCUGAAGAAGAAAAAGAAGCUGUGUUGAAAAAGCAAGAGGAACUUUUCCGUGAUUUGGACCAGCAGUACGAGAUGGCACGUAUGACAACACACACACAGCGAGGUGUGGGUUUGGGAUAUUCUGCUCAAACUCUUUAUCCACCAGUUCAGAAAUAAGUAACAUUUCUGACUGUUUGUAUAUUAGUUGCAGUAUUCUGAUUCAAGAACUUAAUCUACUCAUAGAAGAGUGAAAAAAUCUUUUUGUGUAAUCCUGCCAUAUUUAAAUAAUAAAUUAGAGUAUACUACCAAAUGAUUUCAUCUUAAAACUAGAGCUGAACUGUAUUUUUUUUUUUUUUUCCAUAUUUAUUAACAUUCCACAAAUUUAACUCUUACAUUUUUAACUUUUUGAGGGUAAUUUUUUUAUGUCAUUUCAGUAAAAUAUCUGUGAUUGGAAGUUAUUCUAAUUGCAGAGUAUUCAUAUUUUAAAAAUUAAAAAAAGUGGAAUUCUUUUUAUCUAAUUUAUUAUUUAAGGCACAAAUAAGCUUUCACCCACCUUAAGACUAAUUAAAAAAAUUUUUUGGCAGGAAGGAUUUUAUUUUAGAAAAUGUUCUGUUUUGUAAAAUAGAAGUUUCCAGACUUUUUUCAACUCAUCUAUGCAUUUUUGAAAGAAUGACUGAAUACUUCUUAGAUAUUUUUAUGUUAAUAAUCAGUUUCUAAAUGUCUGUACGGUAAUAAAGCUCAGUUAUUAUUUAAAAUAGUAUAUCAAACAGCACUAAAUAAAAUUACAAUCUUUAAUUCAAAGUACUUAAUAUUUGAUUAAUAGCUUAAUUGUGAUGGAGUAUUAUUAUUAUUAUUUUAAUAUUAAAUUGCGAGAUAUUGCUGAACUUUGUUGCAUUAGCCUUUCAGAAUGUAUGAUUUGCAGAUCAUUUGAUAAGAUUGAAUGCGAUGCAGUUGUUGAAAAUAUAACUUAACAGUUUGCAUAUUGUUAGCAAGAUUUUAUUAACUUUAAUAAUUAGUGUUGAAAUUUUUGAUUUGAUUAAUGCUACAAUAAGUAUUGCAAUUUCAAGUUUCUGCUGUGAAUUUCAUUACCAGUAUGCAGUUUUAUGAUUGUACUAAUUUUGAAUUAAUGAAUGAAGAAUUUUGAAUUAACCCUUUUAUGCAAUCUUUACAUAUCUUAAUUGAAAGUAGCAUUCAGAUUUUAAAUUCAUUAUUGACAAUUGUAACAGUGUAGUAAUACUUUUUAUAAAAGUCUUAAAAUGCAUUAGCUUAGUUGGAAGUCUUAUUAGUAGUUACGAAUGUGUGUAUAUUUCAGGAAACUAAGAAAGUCUAAAAUCUUCUAUUUUUGUUUUAUUGUAUCAUAAUAGUCAUUUUUGAGUGUUAAAUAAAAGUCAUUUCUUAUAUUCA